AUGGGAAAAAGGAAGAGAAAAGGAACCAAAGUAUUGGAGGAGGAGGUAGAGGAGGGCUCUCGGAAAUCUACUUUGAUUCAGUUGGGUAAAAUUAGUAAAAGAAUACGGACAUUAAAAUACGACUCUGAAAGCGUUUUCGACGAGACAAAAGGACUCAACGAAAUCAUUCCAGAGAUAGACGGCAAAGUGCAAGAGGUUACUUUAGCUAAUGAUAAAAAUAAACUAAAAGUUCUCGAAUAUACGGAACAAAACAUUCCACGUACUUUGAAGAAGUAUUGGAGGCAACGUUUCGAUUUGUUUUACCUUUACGACGAAGGUAUUCUCAUGGACGAAGAAGGUUGGUAUUCGGUUACCCCUGAAGCCGUUGCUGCACAAAUUGCAGGACGCUGUCGAUGCGAUACGAUUAUUGAUGCAUUCUGUGGUGUUGGCGGAAAUGCAAUUCAAUUCGCCCAUACCUGUCACCGGGUGAUUGCGAUCGAUAUCGAUGAGACAAAAUUAAUUUGUGCGAGGAACAAUGCAAGAAUUUAUGGUGUACAAGAUCGAAUCGAUUUCAUUUUGGGUGACUAUUUCAAGUUGAUUCCCAAGCUGAGAGCUGAUGUAGUAUUCCUAAGUCCCCCCUGGGGAGGUCCAUCAUACAUCUCAAAAAAAGAGUUCGAUCUCAAAACGAUGAUAGCUUUGGAUGGUGAAAAGUUAUACUACGAGACUACUAAAAUUACAAAAAACAUUGCCUACUACGUUCCCCGGAAUGUUGACCCUCAACAACUAGCAAAGUUGGUCGGUCGAGGCAAUACUUGUGAAGUGCAACAGAUAUAUGUCAAUGGGAAAUUUAAGGCUCAAAUGGCCUAUUACGGCGAAUUAAAGUGUCAUGAUGCCGCUAAUUGA